AUGGCGCUGUCAUUCUACUUAUUUGUUAUUAUUGCAUUUCUAGUUGGACCAUCAUCGGAGAGUAAACUGUCAUCAUCGUCUCCUCCAGCAAUACAUGAUAAUGGUGGACAUCAAACAACUAUCAACAACUCUUUGCAAUGGCCGAGUCCUCACACUGUACAUGACAUUCUGGCUAAUAGUUGUAAUGUACAGAAUUCGUCGUCUUCUUCACCAACUUCGUCAUUAUGCUCCACGAUCAAUAAUAAUCAUCACAACCGUCGUGAUGACAAUUCUGUUAACAAUAAUAAUAACAGUAAUAAUGAAAAUAAUAAUGAUCAUAGAAUAUCGGGCAGUUAUCUUCACCAUCAUCAUCCUCAUCUAGCACAUCAUCAACAGUAUUACGCAUCAGCGCUGUAUCACCAUCACCAUCAUCGUACAGAUGCUGUGACAGCAGCAACUAUAUCAUCUACACUUUCUGUACAAGCUAUUAUGUUGCAGUCAGGAACAAUAACCCAUCCAGCCAGUCCUUGCAAUUAGAUAAAAUAAUAUUAUUUUAUUAAUUAAAAAU